UCUCUCGGUGGCCAGAUUUGGUCUAGAAAGCCCUGAAAUAGAUAACCACGAGAAACCAGUACUUCCCACUCUAGCAUCUUCCUACAAUGAUCGCAUCCGCCCCCUACUUGAUGCUGUUGAUAGUCUCCGAAACUUGAAGGUAUUCAACCUUUCAUGCACCAUCUCUUCCUUUCUCAGUUGAAAACAUAAUAUGAACUCUCUUCCUAGUUCAUCUACUUCUCUCCAAGAGAAAAUGGCUAUGAAAGAUCACCCCGAGAAACCAGUACUUCCCCCUCUGGUCUCUUCCUAUAAUGAUCGCAUCCGCCCUCUCCUUGAUGCUGUUGAUCGUCUCCGACACUUGAAUGUGAUGGAAGAAGGCAUUGAACUUCCUACCAUAGUCGUAGUUGGAGACCAAUCAAGUGGCAAAUCAAGUGUAAUCGAGUCACUUGCUGGUAUCAGCCUUCCCCGUGGACAAGGCAUCUGUACUCGUGUCCCACUCAUCAUGUGCUUGCAAAACGUCCCUACCGACAAACCACAAAUGCACCUGGAGUAUCAAGGAAAGAUAGUCCUGACAUCAGAAAAUCAAAUCUCAGAUUCUAUCAGCAUGGCCACAGAUGAGAUUGCAGGCAAUGGAAAGGGCAUCUCCAACAUUCCUCUCACUCUUGUAGUGAAGAAAAAAGGCGUUCCUGAUCUUACCAUUGUCGAUCUUCCUGGAAUAACACGUGUUCCAGUCCACGGCCAACCUGAGGAUAUCUAUGAGCAGAUAUCCAAUAUCAUUAUGGACUACAUCAAACCAAAGGAGAGCAUUAUUCUCAAUGUUUUAUCGGCAACCGUUGAUUUUCCAACAUGUGAAUCAAUUCGGAUGUCUCAACAUGUUGAUAAGACUGGGGAGCGAACAUUGGCUGUUGUUACAAAAGCUGAUAAGGCUCCUGAAGGUUUGCUAGAGAAGGUAACUGCUGAUGAUGUGAACAUUGGCCUUGGUUAUGUUUGCGUGAGGAAUCGAAUUGGAGAUGAAACUUAUGAAGAAGCAAGGAUCGAGGAGGCAACAUUAUUCAAAUCUCAUCCUCUUCUCUCCAAAAUUGAUAAAUCGAUUGUUGGAAUACCAGUUCUUGCUCAAAAGCUGUUUCAGAUUCAAGCAAAUAGCCUAUCCCAAUGCUUACCAGAUAUCGUUAAGAAAAUCAAUGACAAGCUCAACAAGCAUGUCACUGAUUUGAAUAACAUGCCGCAGAAUCUUACAAAUGUUGCUGAGGCAACGCAAGCUUUCAUGCGCGUUGUUGGUGCUGCGAAAGAAUCACUUAAGAAGGUGCUUUUACGUGUUGAAUUUGAAGAUUUCCCCGACGAUGUGAAAAUGCAUUGCACUGCUCGGAUGGCGGAAAUGCUGGAUGGGUUCUAUAAAGACUUACAAUCUAAGUCUUCUGAUAAUUAUUCGACAUCAUCCUGUGCUUUCUUAAUGUUGGAAAUUGGGGUUUUGGAGGAGUCGAAAUGGAUUGGGCUUCCUAAUUUCCUUCAGCGGACAGCUUUCGUCGCAUUAUUGCAACGGAAGGUGAAUCGAAUUGCCCUUGGUCCAUUGGAUUUUAUUCAAAGUAUCUUAACCUACAUCGAGGAAGUUGUCAUUCGCAUCGUUUCAGAGCACUCGGAGGAGUACCCGCAGCUGCAGUCAAUGACCAAAAGGGCAGUCCAUAAUCUAAUUGACAAGAUGAGGGAUAGGUCCGUUAAGCAUGUUAAGGAGAUUAUUGAAAUGGAGAAGAUUGCUGAUUACACCUCAAACUCUGAUUAUGUGAAGACAUGGAGCAGUUUAAUGGAGAAUCGAAAGACAUUUAUUGAGGUAAUACAGGACCCUAAUAUGGGGACAAAAAUCAUGUUUCAGGACUUCGGUGAAGUUGAGGUUGGCCAUUUGAGGCAACACUCACUGUCGAUGCUUGAGCAAGCAUUCGACAUGAAAAUGAGAUUGACUGCAUAUUGGAGGCUUGUGUUGCUGAGGUUGGUAGACAGUUUGGCUCUUCGUCUUCUCUUUAGUGUUAAGAAAUUGGUUGAAAGGGAAAUGGAAGAGGAGAUUGUUAAUGAAUUGAUGGGGUCACACACUUGUGGGAUCGAAAGGAUGUUGGAAGAAUUGCCAUCUACUACUCAGAAAUGUGAGCGGCUGAACAAGGGCAUUAAGUUGCUUAGGGAUUCAAAGGAUGUUGUUACGAAGAUAAUGGAUGGCAUUGCAGCAAGGCACAUUUCUGAUUAGGGUUUCUGUUUGGUAGUUUUGAUUUUCUUCUUUGUUAGGGUUUUAUCUUUCUUGUUCUGUUUUGCUCGUUUCCAUGGCAUGCUGGCCAUGUGAACUUCGUUUAUUAUAGCAUGUUAUGCGUUUUGGUUUUAGUAAUAUGAAGUUAGUAUGUUUCUUACAUUACCGUGUUGGAUUCUCUUUUCCCUCAUUGACUGUUAAUCGUUAGGAUCAUAUUGAAUGCAUUAUAAAGAAUAAGAAAGAUGAUCAUCUACCCCA